CCGCGACUGGACGCUAUAUACGCAGAGGUUCACCUCCCGUUAUCUACGACUGUCAAAAGAAGAUACGCGCGCCUUCGUCGUCGGGAGCCGAUCGGACCUCAUUUUCGGCGUGUGUGUUUGUACGUACGUGUGUGUACAUCGCCGAGAAGAGUGGUGUAUAGCAGCCGUCUUGAAGCCACCGUCAUAAGUACGCUUGGGCCCAGUCGAGGAUUACAAUGGUGCGAAGCCACGCUCGAGGGGGCUGACGUCGGAUGAAACCGCAAGACACACUCCAUGUUUCCUCUAAUCGGCAGCAGUUGGGUUGUCCCGUGGUUAUAAAAACACCAACGCAUGGUCGUCGAUGACCUCGAAAAAGAAGACUGUCAUGACGAGGUCGUCGAAAGGCUUUCAAACCAGGGCGCCACUUGGCGCGACGACGGGUCAGACGAAGAUGAAGAGUCGCCAACUUGGCUGACUUGGCCGGCGCGGGCCAGGACCGAUCGUAUAUCGCCGACGGUGUGACGGCGUGUGCGGCGGGCAGCGGCAGCAGCGACCUCUAUAUAGGGAGCGGCAGCCAUGGUGGAUCACAGCCAUCGCGGAGGACCGGCGGCAGCCAUCUUGCUGGCGGCCAUGCUGUGGUCGUGCGCCCCCAUGGUGGCAGUGUCGGCGGACAGCUGGUGCAGCGCCGAGGACGAUGACCCGGAGUCGCGCUGGUACUGGCGCGUCGACGAGUACCCUCACCCGAUCACGCAGCCGCGGUACUGCAACCGGUACCGACCGUCGUUCGUGUGCGACCCGGACCGGGUCAUCAACAAGAAGCAAGCGGACGCCCUGGACGGGAUCAUCGAGCGCAUCAGAAACGAGACACUCUGCAUCUGUCCAACGUGCGGGAAGUCGCACACCAGGGGCAUCACACUGGGCGUUGCCAUCAUGGAGCACAUUCACAGGCCAAAAAACCAGCCGAUCUCGGAAGCCGUGCGCGUCUUCGCGGAGACGCUGCGCAAGCAGUGGCAUCUGGGCAACUGUGACGACGACAUACUGCUGCUCAUCUCAACCAAGGACAAGCAGUCGCACACCCUGGUGGGGCCGGCCGUGUCGGGCGUGUUCCCGCAGGAAGUGGCUGACCAGAUCUACCUGGAGAGCCGCGGCCACUUCUCCAAUUGCGACUUCUUCCUGGGACUAGAGUCCAUGGUCCAGUCGUACUUCGACAUGCUGCGCAGGCUCCAGCUGAAAGGCCUGGUGGGUGCCCGCGUGCAAGCGUCGACCGGUGCCAGCGCGGGCGUCAUCGUGGGCAUCGUGUUCGGCGCCCUGGCCGGUCUGCUGCUCGCCGUGGCCGCCGUCUUGCUGGUGGUGCGCCGAUGCGACGCCCCGUACAUUUCUAGCAAGAGCAUUCCUGAGGCCUGGAGAAGGAUGCGCCACUUACGAACUGCGAGGCACGGUGCUCCACAGCCGGGCCGGCACAACACCAAGGCCGCUCAUCCGGCAGCGCCUUACCUGGUCAGGAUUCCGGCGACGAGUGCGGCGACCGCGGCUUCCGAACCGCCGGAUGUGACCAAACCUCUGACUUCCGGUCUACUGCUUCCGCCGCCGCCUCCUCCUCCUCCGCACACUCCUUCGCUGAGCAACGGGCGCUACGAGGCUCCGAAGGGCGGCUGCGAGACUCCCGGGGGCCUCGACGUCAGCGACCCUAGCGACAGUUCGGACGACGAAAGGUCGACGACCGAUAGCGAAGAAGAGUGCAGCUGCUGCUCGAGCGUCGGUGACGGUCAUGAGAGCAUACCGAUUGCCAGUUCUUCGAGUGCCGGAACUCAUGUCACGGUUUGAGCACUGAGAUCUAGAACUGGCCAAUCACCAAUGCCUUUUUACCAAAGUGCUACUUAUUUUAAAGGCACCUGGGCUGUGACUGCUUUUACUUUGACAGGAAACACUCAUGGCCCUUUACAACGUGCUCUAAGUGGAACUUGAAGUGAAUUGUUGGGGCCGUACUCCUGGACUGGGGCCGUGGUCAGAACGCUGGAAACUACAACUUGCCCGUCUCAGUGCCACUUUGCCUAGUGCUGCCUACGUCAGAGGCAUCUGGGCUAUGAUGGCUUCGGACUCUGAGAAGAUAGUCAUGGGUCCAGAAUGUGCGAAGGCACCUCAUGCCCUUGCUAAAACUUGCAGCAGAUGAAUUCGCAGGCCCAUAUUCUGGGGACUUGGGUCGGGGUAGGAACGCAUGUGAACUGGCUUGUGGCCAGUCUCACUGUCGCCUUACCAAGUUCUGCCUGUCAGAGUCAUUUGGGUUACGAUGACUUCGAACUGUUUAACGAUGGGGUCAUGUGCCUGGAAUGUGCGGAAGACACUUUGCAACACGCCCCAAGACUCGUACAUAGAGAUAUUGGCGCCCUAUUUUAGGGUUACGGCUUGGUCGCUCUCAACCAGAACUGGCCAGUCUCAAGAUUACUUUACCAAGUGCCGUCUCUGGCAGAAACACCUUGUUUUUUAACAGCGUCGAACACUCCGAGAACGAAGUCAUGUGCCCAGAAUGUGCGGAAUGUCUCGCAACAUGCUCAAGAUAAGGCUCGCAGCGCAAUUAAGAUUUCUUUCGUAGUAUUCUCGGGUCACAUGUCGCGAUUUGAAAGCUGUACUCAUAGCCUGGCCAGUUUCGGUGUCACUUCACGAUAUUUCUCCUCUGUCAGUCCGCUAGAGGAACUGGGCGAAGGCUUUGAACUCCCCGAGGACACAGUGAUGUGUCCAGAAUGUGUGCGAUAUGUGGAAAAUGGCCUCUCGCAGCGUGACCUCACUAAAACUCGCAGCGAAGUAAUUUUUGGGGCCGUAUUCCGGGUCGAGUACUUUCGGGGACAUACUUUCGUCUUUUGCGUGACGUAAUGCACAGCUCGGCAUCUGAUUGGAGCCGCGGAUGUCCUCUACUCGCUGGCAUAUCCAAUGAAUGCGUACUGAAAGCGUGUUAUACUCGAUAGGGAUCGCCAGAGAGUACGGCUCUUCAUCGGCUACCAUACGACGCAGAAGACAAGGGGCAAUUGACAAAAUGACACAGGGAGUUCAUCGCGUCUUUUUGCCAUUUCUUUCUCCUCUUUCAUCUUGUCACCAUUACGCGUCGCCAGUUAAACCGAAUUUUCGUUGUUGAAUAGGAUCCACUAAGUGCCAAGGACUUUCAGUGGCCAUGCUCAAAGCGUCUUGGACUGGAAAUGGCUGAAGUCAUUCUCGGGCCGGCUUUCACUUGAGGAAGAGCACGUGUUCUAAAAAAAAAAGAAGCUCUCUGCGCUUUUCGUCACACCCUCAUUGUCGUGUUCUUUUAGUGGGCGAUGAUCCAGUUUUAUUUUGAGAGGACUGUACGUGGAUGUUCGAAGGCUCCGGACCGGACACCGCCAUGACAUCAUAUCACGACUUUUCGUCGUCUGGUUACGGGUUAUGAAGACAUUUAAUUAUCUGACUCUCCUCUGCCUCCUUGACUGACACCGAGAACAGUUACGUCGAUGGACGUGGACCGCACAUUCAGUGUUUGUAUAGUGCUAGUGUUGUGACUACAGCGUGCAUGCUCGCGUAGCAAUUAAGGUCACCUUGAUGCAUCUAUGGAUGAAAACCUUGCCGUCAAUGUAGCUUGAACUGCCACAGAUUGUUGCCGGAAGUAUCCCUGGUGCUGGAUGUUUGCUGACGUAAGCGUGACGCUCAGACUAAGCGUGCGCAGGUGUCAGAAGCAGCCCAAACCAGUUUUCCAAGGGACAGUGCCUUCGUAUGGAGGCCAUUCGCCUCACCUUGUUUGACAGACGUGAAUCACCUAAAUAUAUUUAGCCUACCCGUGAACUAUCACAGUUUUCGGAAUACCGCAAAACGCGAAGCGCUCCGGUAUUCCGUAAUCGGUACAGUUGGCGACAUCUGUUGGCACUAAGUCAAACUAGAGAAGAGGGAAGAUCGCUUCAAGAUGGAGACUUGAGGUACCAUAGUUGAGAUGAUUAACAGUAGUGGAACAAGGAAUGUCACUGGCUGAAGCGAGCGUUAUGACAAGUGGACUCUAGCUUGUCAAGACCCUGACGAAGACAUGGACAAAGUGGACCAAGUCCACCACAAUUGUCGAGACGUUGGCUUCCGCCUGCGACAUCCCUUCUUCGACCACUGUUUGAUGUUUUCAGGCGCUGGUUUACGUAGAGCUCACAAGGGUAAAGAUUGCUUGGAGGCGCCAAAUUGUGGCACUGAAUUCAACUCCAGCGCACAAAACUACAAUUGUGACCACUAUGUACUACUUAACUGCUGGUGUACAUGAAUCGGCACCAACCAUCACUGACGUAUAGUGACGUUCUUUUAACGCGACAGCGUUAAGGGCCCGUGUCGCAGAAAAUCAGGCGUCGGCGUUCGCGGCCGAGAAAAUCAUCCCGCACCAUCCCGACCACGCAGGCCCUCCGCAUGGCGCAGAGGCGAUAGUGACCUAAUUGAAUUUAUCAAAGUAAAAAGUGCCAGAAAGAUCGUAAAGUACGACUUAACCACAAUCUACAGGCAUGAUAGCGUCGGAUUGUAAUUUGAAUAUACGAGAAAACAUAAUUCUGUUACGCAGAAACUCAAACCACAAACCCCUUUUCCAACAUUUCUACCAUUAAUACAGCGGCGCGCUCCGGUCGGUUACUUUCAAAAACACCAUCCAGAUGGCACUGACCUCCUCGGCAGCGGCGCACGGAGGCGAAGGUGGAGAAAAAAAAGAAAGCUGCAGUUGGCAGGAAGGCUGACAAUCAGUCAGGGAUCUUUGAAUGCUAUCGCGUUCGACACAUGAAGGCGAAGCUUAAGCGUUCUCCAUUUUUUUUUGGCGAGGACACAGGCCUAUGCACCACGAAAACGUUCCUAACACAUUGUGGUCGAAGAAAGUGUCACGAGAUGUCUCUGCUUGCACUGCUGUCACAUGGCGUUCCGGUAUUCCGUAGCGCACCACUAUCAGUCACUUCGUUUUUAGAACAGAAGGCGAACAGAACCACUGUGAAAGUGUCGGUAUUCGUACUAUAGACUGUGCGCAGAUUGCGAAAACGAUGGACAAGGUCGGGAGGUGGAAUUUAUUUUGGCGCUUCAACGACGCCAUAGUGACCGCGUUCUUACGUCGCGCUAGUAUAUGCUACAGUGCAGUUUAGAACGUUAGCAAGACCGCGCUAUACUGCACAAUGCUUGUACUGGUAAUCGCACCAUCGAUACCCACUUCUCAUAUGUGCUUUAACUUCUCGCCAGAACCUUGCCCAGAGUUGAGAAGGCAGUUUCUAUAUUUCGCACGGGUGGUGUCAUCAUGGCAUCGUGGACGUUCAACUCACGCGGAUCCAGUGCGUCCCGCUGCGAACCGUCCAGUGUUCAUAUAGCUUAGAAUUUAUUUCGCUGGGUGAUGUGCGUGUUAGGCGGUAUAGAUACGCAUUAUAUUGAAUUCAAUUCGGCAGAUAUUUAAAAAAAGAUUGUUUACUCGUGGUAUAAACUUGUCGCCUGCCUAUUUUUCUAGGUUUAUUUCACGGCCACUUCAUGCAGUUCAGACGCACACUAACUUGUAUUUUGAAGGCAAGGUCUUCUCAGCUGACUUCGCACGGGUUUGGUGUAUCUGGGAUUUGGGUAUCUCGUAACCACUUCCAGAUGAACAAAUGGCGCUUUCAAGCCUCCAGAGCGUCGUAGCGAGUCGCAAAUAGCAUAAAAGUGUAGGUCUAAACGAAACAAGAAGAGACAAUUAGACGCAGAGAAGGUAAAGUUAAAGGUACGGACGUUAUUAGAGUAAACAUAGUCGAAGAUUAACGUACCACAUUGCACUAAACACCUGUAAAGGGAGCACCACCGCAGAUAAAGACACGUGAAGGCAAAGCCGCCGUACGGCACACUUUUGGGAAAUGGGGCGAGUUCGCUUGGAUAAAGUAUGGCUCGUGCGAAGCAAUGGUGUCUGGAAGGCGGCUUGGGCGGUGCCCACAAAAAGCGAGAUUUAGAGGCAGAGUAGGUCAAAUUAACGGUGCGAGCGUAAUUAGCACCCAUAUAAUAGAAAAUUAGCCACUUGCACCAUAAAGUGCACUAUCUUCGGGAUCGGCUCACCUCUCUUGUUGGUCAAAUAAGGAAGGCCAACCAAGUAUCGACGCUAAGGAAGACAAGGUCGACGUAAUUGUGCCUUAAAUACAAUAUGAAUAAGAUACGAAAUGAGUGAAUAAUGAGCACGAAAAAGAGACAGAAAAACACAGAAUAGAUAGAUAUAAUUAGCAUUCAUUAAUACAAUCACUUGAACUACCAUGUACAACGACCUUGUCUUCUUUAGCGUCGACACUUGACUAUCCCUUGUUUUGUGCUAAGUUUAAAGGAUUUCUGGCUUACCGCUACUUUAAAGCGAUAGUUUUCUUUGGCUGUUCCCCUUCACUUCGCGGUUAGUCAAUUUCUGGCGGUUUACUAUUUAAAAAAAAAGUUUAUUCAGCAAAAAACGAUACUCAGAGACACUCUGAGUCACGAUAAGGGCACGAUACAACCAGAAGCAUAACAUAUACAAAGAACUGAGCAGCAUAUGCACGGCAUUUUUUCACAUACAUGUUCAAGUCCGCACGUUCAGAUUAACAUAUUAGUACUAGUACUUAGACCAUUAGCGCAGAUACACAUAAAUGAAUCGUCACAUUAUUCAAACGUUCAGAUUAACAUAUUAGUACUAGUACUUAGACCAAUAGAAACACGCAGAUACACAUAAAUGAAUCGUCACAUUAUUCAAAUGUUCACAUUAACAUAUUAGUACUAGUACUUAGACCAAUAGAAACACGCAAAUACACAUAAAUGAAUCGUCAAAUUAUAUACACGAUGUUGAACGCAUAGAAAUGCAUGCAUAACGGUUAUGUGUAAUCGAUGGUUUGACUGGGAAAUUUAAAUAAUUAUGUCGUGAUGGCAUUAGACGUGUAUUGCCAACUUGGAAUAUGUGUGUCACUAGGUGCUACUAUGCGCCGAAGGAAAGUAUCAGCCAACGGGCUCAUAAAACCCUUGCAUGCUGACCAAGUACGCCCACCUCUUGUUCCUCGUAACAGAACAAAAGAAUAUAUAUAUCGGCGGAGACACUUCGGACUGCUUACGUGUGGGAAUGCGAAAGCAUUAUACCGUUUGUAGACCUCAGAACGUCAUGAACGGGCUCAUUUUAUACACUCAUGACGUGGCGCCACCUCCUCCCCAUUGGCGGCAACGUUACGUGCCCAAUGACGCACGCACUAGGUCACGUCAGCCAGAUGUCUGCGACGUGACGUGUGCACUGACGCACGCACUAGGCACACCUUUAGUCAGCCAGAACAUGAAGACACGGAGCCGUGGCGUCGGGGUAGCGUGCUAGUGUCACACCCCGGAAGCCCGGGUUUAAUUCCCACCCAGACCGAAAUGUAGCAGAUUUUCUUUUCCAAGCAAUUACUUUGCUUCAUUUACAGAAACCUUCCUGAGAAAUUUGACUUCAAUCCGAGCACUUUCAGGUGUGUUCUUACGCUUUGCGCCGUCGGCCAUUUUUGGUACCAUCUUUAGGCCACGCCGGCGCCGAGGGAUUUUCGUGUAAUGGGGCAUAUAAUGCUGUCGCAUUAAAAUAACUUCCUACAUGAAACUUGAACAUAUAAUGCCGGCUCACGCGCAUGCUUAAAGCCCAUCGAUCCGGUAAUGGAAGAGUGAAUUAUAUUUACGGUUUCUUUGAUUUUCUUUGCUAAUUUAGCUACUCGGUUAUGUGCCAGUGUGUGUGUGCCAUGUUCUCGGCCAAUCGUCCAGGUUGGCCGAGAUGUCCCACUACGAUUCCUACAUGAAACUUAUCAAACCAAACCAGUCUUUGUGUAGCAUUAAAUGAGCAUCACCGAUAAACAAAGCUUCGCUUCGUAUUGAUUCCAACAAUGUACGUUGGAUCUGCGCAACUUCCUUUGGACGCUGGUCAACGCCGACGGUUUUCCUUCGACCUCAUCUCGCGCACUAUCGAGGUGCGAUAGCUGCAGCGCCACUAGCACGCUCCUUAUCAUGCCACCAUUCUGGCAUUCGUAUUCUAGAAUGUUCCUACACUCUACACUCCACUUCGACUCAAGAAAGUUGAUUGGAGCGCCACCCCUUGACAGAAAUGGUCAGUGCGCUUCAUUGACCCUCGCAGUAAUUCUUGAAAAGAAGUGUCUUCUUCGGUCGAGGGGUGGUGCUGCGCUCGACUGUGCUAAAGUUAGCAGGUUAAGCGACUAUUUGUCACCGCCCCGUUUCAAAGGGGAGGCCAUUAAAUCAUCAUCAUCUAGUGGAGGAAGAGCUUUGAGUUGACGAUCUCUUGAGAAUACGGGGCUGAGAUGCUUUCAGGGCAACGCUAAACCGUGCUGUAGCUCGCAAUGCUGCUUCCCCUUCGGCCGAAACUGACAAUUUUUUUUUCUCUACCUGUUUCCCACUGAGUUGGCAAGAUGGCAUUUUUUCCCUUUCAAAAUUGUUCAGAGAAAAACAUUUGACACCUUUGGCUGCCUAGUUUGUUCAGAAAAAAAAGGAAAAUAAAAAGAGUUAUACAGAUUUCGUGUAAUGUUGGAAUCGAUAUCAUGCUACGCAUUUUGCAGUUAGCUGGCCAUCCAGCAUUGUUUGCGUUUCUGCAAACUGUUACCAGAAGGACCAACAUAUUUGUGCAAUGCGAAUAAUUGCGCUUGUGACACGAGCGUUGCAACAACAGCUGCAAGGAGUUGAAGAU